CUUUAACUCUUGCUCUUCCUUCUUCUUCCUUCACUCCAAUUACUUCUCUCUCUUCUCUCUCUCUUCAUCUUUCUCUGCUUCGGAAUUGAACGCGAAGUUCGGUUCCAGAAUCUGUUUGAAGCCGAGACGAGUUGGCUUUCUUUAUUGCCAUCACCGGUUUUUACUGGAAAAGCUUAAAGGGGACUGUUCAUCUUGUUCUCUUGGUAGCGAGAAGAAGCGUUGAGUUGACUCGGCGCUUUUGUUAUCGAGUUCCUCGUCUGGGUAUGAAUUUGGUUUGCGCAGGACACUGCAUCCCAUGACUGAUAACUCACGGCAUGACUGAUGCUCGCUGUUGAGAAUUCAAAGUAAUAAUUCCAUCUGAAUGAUCUGCGUGUGGGCAAACUUCUCUGAGGAUCAUCUAGAAAGUUGAGCAAGCAUGGAUCAAAACCACCCCGGGCUAGCAGCUGGAGGAGGAAUGUCUGGUGCUUCUGCUCAAGGGGCAUAUGGAUUGAAUCAGUAUCAACCUAACCAAAUGAUGGCUGCUCCUCAGUCUCAAUCUCCUUCUCAGGCAGCAUCAGGUCUUCCUGCAUCAUCAUCUUCCUUUUUGCGAGACCAACAAUAUGCUCACCAGUACAUGCAUCAGCUGCAACAACAAGAACUGCGACAACAACUCCAAAACUUUUGGGCAAAUCAAUACCAUGAGAUUGAGCAGAUUGUUGAUUUCAAGAACCACAGCCUGCCUUUAGCUCGGAUCAAGAAGAUCAUGAAGGCUGAUGAAGAUGUGAGGAUGAUAUCAGCUGAGGCUCCAGUUAUUUUUGCUAGGGCCUGUGAAAUGUUCAUCCUGGAGCUAACACUCAGAUCUUGGAUCAACGCAGAGGAGAACAAGAGGAGGACUCUUCAGAAGAAUGACAUUGCAGCAGCAAUCACAAAGACUGAUGUGUUUGAUUUUCUGGUCGAUAUUGUGCCAAGAGAUGAAUUGAAGGAUGAAAUGCUCUCAGGAGUUCCCAGAGUCCCAGCAGCAGAGAAUGUUCCUUACUACUACAUGCCGCCACCUCAGCAAGUGUUGGGCCCUCCUCAUCCUCCUCAGUCUCCAUUCGGAGCUUCAAAGGUGAUCAUGGGGAGGCCUGUAGUUGAUCAAGCUCAUUAUGGCCAGCCAGCACAUCCUUCUUUCUCUGCACAAGUGUGGCCACACCAGCAAAACCCGUCUAACAACAAUUCAGAUUCUUGAGGAGAUAAGAUAUUAGUAUUACUGGGUAGACCAGAGUGCAGAUACUUGGAGGACCAACAGGAAACCAGAGCAUGUUCAGCUUUAAAUGGAGCCACCCAAAUGUCACAAGGAAGAGCCACCAGCAAUGCAAAAGUCACUAGACGUCAGGAUCAGCUAGAGUCGACUUUGUUUAUUGAGACUCAAGAGUCGUUUUCAUUUUUCUUUUACCUUUCUCUUUUCUUUUUGGUGUCAGGAUAGUCAGCUUCAUUGUGAGCUGGAACAUUGCUCUACAUUCUCGUGUGUUGUCGCUGGUAGGAAAGUGACAAUAAGUUUAUUUAUCUAUUUAUGGUUUGUAACUUGGUUUAUUAAUCUUGUUUUCAUGGAA